AUGACGCUUGGCUACUUCUGUUCAACCUUUUUUACUUAUGAAGAUGGCUAUAAUCGUAUUAUUAAUGAACUUGCUAGUAUAAAUGAUCUUAAUUUGGAUAGUGCAGAUGAACAAAUUAAAUUUCAAGAAGAGCUAAUUGAAUCGUUAGAAGUUCAAGAAGGUGAAGAAAAUGAAGAAAAUAUAGAGUUUGAUGGUGUUCCAUGUAUUGAUGGUGCGACAGAGAAUAGUUUUACCCUUUAUGCACAUAUUUUAAGCUUUUCUGGUGAUCUUCUAGCACUUGCCAAAGUCAUGCAUAUAACUGGACAUAACUCUUACAAGGCAUGCUGUUUUUGUUCUAUUCAAGGAAUAUAUUGCCAAGGCAAUCGGCAUAUAUAUUUUCCACUUAAACCUCCAACUGGAAUGUCUGGAUAUCGAUAUAAUCCUAAAAGUCUUCCAUUACGAACACAUGAAGAUUAUAUACCUAAUUCUGAAGACCGUGUUUUUGCUACUGAUAAUGCUCAAAAGAAGUUAUAUUCUCCAUCACGCAAAUAUCAUAUGAACAAGUCUGAACUAAAAUGUCUCAAAGCUUAUUAUAUAACAGCGUUAGGGAUACGUGCAAACCAGCUUCUGUUUGUUACAAGUUCUAUUAAAAAGUAUGGAAAAUUUCAAAUGAACAAUGGACUAAUGAUUAACUCAAAGCUAUCGAAUCGCAAAGGAGAUUUAGCACGUACAAACUACUGUAUCACUGCAAAACUUAUAGUUGAUCGAAAUGCACCAGUUAUCUUAGAAGAAAAGGAAUUUUUUGGCGAAGUGCGAUAUUUUUUUUCACAUCAGUAUGGUGAUCACUGGUCUAUGCUAGCAUACGUGCAGUGGGUACGAAAUCCUCAGCCUUCUGAACAUGGGCUGUUAAAAUUUCGAGCCUUUGAAGUAAUUAAUAUUAGCGCAAUUUGUAGAAAUGUUGGAUUUUUUAGAUUGCCUAAUAAUGAGUCUUACAUUAUUGAUCAAGAAAAUCGAAUCAGAUUUCGAUAG